AUGGCUUUCAGGUUAGCCAGUUUGAGAAAAUUGACGGCUGCCUCACUUCUCUUGGUGCAGAUAAGAAAUGCAAGGGCAGCACAGAAUGUAGUAUUGUUAGCUGACAAGACCUCCCACUUCUUACAGCCUGCUGGUGCUGUGCGUUUCUCAUCAGGAAAUACCUCAAAUGAUGAAGUCACAAAAGCGCAGCAAGCCAAAUUCACUGGCCAGGAGACCAUCUUCUCUAAGAUCAUCAACAAGAAAAUUCCCGCAGACAUUCUGUAUGAAGACAGUGAGUGUUUGGCAUUCUCUGAUGUGAACCCACAAGCUCCCGUUCACUUUCUUGUGAUACCUAAGAAAGUCAUCCCUAUGCUGAGUAUGGCCACCGAAAGUGAUCAGCUGUUAUUGGGACAUCUUCUUUUGGUUGCAAAAACAACAGCAGACAAAUUAGGACUGUCGAAAGGCUACAGAUGA